AUGGAAUGGUAUAUGUUAUUUCUUUUUCUUACUGGACAUUUUUCCAUGACACAAGCUGCUUGUUCUCUAUCGAUUAAAUUCUAUAUUGAGUGUGGAGUAUUAAGAACAGCUAGUGGUGCAUUGCAACUUUGCCAAAGUCAUCAAAUGACUCUUUUAAAUUUAACUAAUGGAACAGCAUCAUUAACAAACGAUAUUGCUCUACUUAAUACUACAUUUAUAACACAAAAUUGUAGUGGAAAUUUUUGGUAUUCAUCUGGUUCACAGACAGGUUUAGUUGCUAAUUCUAAUGAUCUUGGUGGCUUGCUCGACUCUCUUACAAAUGUGUUAAGUGUUGUUUUAUGUCUUAUACCACUGUUAUGCCCAGCAACAACAACAACAGCACCUAUUCUCUAUGCUUUUACUGUAUGUACUCGUACAAUACAGCAAAGUAUUAUACAAAAAUGUUCAACACCAUCGCAACGAUUAGGUAUGGUUCAGUUUCAUUUCAAUAAACAAAAUAUGUAUGGUGGUGUAUUAAAUACAUUUUCUUCACGAAGUCUAAUAACAUGUAGUGGUAUAUGCUCAUCGGAUGAUUCAUGUGUUGGUGUGACAUUUAAUAAUGAAACAUGUACUCUUUAUAUGUAA